CCCCCCAUGGCCGUGGAGAGCCCGAGUGUCCCCCCCGCCGCCGCCGCCUCCCCCCCCAGCCCGCACUCCGCCCCCCCAUCUCCGUCCUGCCACCACCACGACAGCGGCAGCUGCGGCCUCCCCCGGCCGCCGCCACAACUCCACCACCACGGCCCGGACGAAAGGGAGGAUGGGGAGCUGGAAGAAGGCGAGCUGGAGGACGAUGGGGGAGAGGAGCCCCAGAAUGCAUCUGAGUCCCAUGAGAGGGGCCGGAGAGAGAAGGGAGAGAAGCACAGAAGUGACUCGGAUGAAGAAAAGGCUCAUCGGCGGAUGAAGCGCAAGAGGAGGAAAGAGAGAGAGCGAGAGAAAGAGAAAAGAAGAGCAAAAAAGAAAAGGAAAUCCAAGCACAAACGCCAUGCAUCUUCCAGUGAAGACUUCUCUGCCUAUAGCGAGGACUCUGAUUUCAGCCCCAGUGAGAAGGGGCACAGAAAGUACCGGGAAUACAGCCCUCCUUACCCUCUUUCUCACCAGCAGUAUCAGUCCUCUCACAGUGCCCCCUUGCCAAAGAAGAGCUACUCCAAAAUGGAGGGCAAGAAUUACAGCAUGUACGAGGAUUACGAGAAUGAGGCCUAUGGCGAAUACGAGGGGGGUGAAGAUGAAGACAUGGGGAAAGAAGAGUAUGACGACUUCACAAAAGAGCUGAACCAGUACCGGAGAGCUAAGGAGGGGACGCAUCGGGGACGAGGCAGUCGAGGCCGAGGCCGAGGAUACCGAGGGCGUGGAGGCAGAGGUGGAAUGAGAGGGCGAGGCAUGGGCCGAGGAGGCCGGGGGAGAGGGAGAGGCGAACAUCCGGAAGAGGAGGAGGAGAUUUAUGAGGAAGAAAUGGAAUAUGGUGACAAUGAAGAGCCAAUGGGUGACGAGGAGUACGACGACUAUUCGAAAGAGCUGAACCAGUACCGGAGGAGCAAAGAGGGCAGAGGGCGAGGUGUAAAUCGGGGGCGUGGCCGUGGCCCCAGGGGGAGAGGGAGCAAGGGGAUGGGCAGGGGGAGAGGAAGAGGUGGCAGCAGAAGUGGAAUGGGGAAAGGUGGCGGAAUGAACGACGACGACGAUUACUAUGAUGAAGACAUGGGGGAUGGAGGAGGUGGUGGAAAUUACAGGCGGAAUGACCAUGAUAAACCCCACCAGCAGUCGGAUAAAAAAGGAAAAGUUAUCUGCAAAUACUUUGUGGAAGGCAGGUGUACCUGGGGGGAACAUUGCAAUUUCAGCCAUGACAUCGAGCUACCAAAGAAGCGGGAACUGUGCAAGUUUUACAUCACGGGUUACUGUGCGAGGGCGGAGAAUUGCCCUUACAUGCAUGGAGACUUUCCUUGUAAACUGUUCCACACCACUGGGAACUGUAUCAAUGGGGACGACUGCAUGUUUUCCCAUGAGCCGCUCACAGACGAAACACGGGAGCUGCUGGACAAGAUGCUGGCUGAUGAUGCAGAAGCAGGUGCAGAAGAUGAGAAGGAAGUUGAAGAGCUAAAGAAACAGGGCAUCAAUCCAUUACCGAAACCUCCACCUGGAGUGGGCCUGCUGCCCACACCCCCUCGUCCUCCUGGACCGCCAGCUCCAACUUCUCCCAACGGGAGGCCAAUUCCUGGAGGACCACCGCCUCCUCCGCCACCCCCCCUUCCACCGCCAGGGCCACCACAGCUGCCACCACCGCCGCAUGAGCCUCUCUCACCACAGCAGCUUCAGCAGCAGCAGGACAUGUAUAAGAAGAUCCCAUCUCUGUUUGAGAUUGUGGUACGGCCCACUGGGCAGCUGGCGGAGAAACUAGGCGUGCGGCACCCAGUUCCACCACCUCCCCGCUUCCCUGGGCCUGGUGGACCACCUGGGCCUAUGCCAGGACCCAUGCACCCGGAUAUGCAUCCUGACAUGCACCCGGAUAUGCACCCCGACAUGCACCCGGAUAUGCACCCCGACAUGCACCCGGAUAUGCAUCUGGACAUGCACCCCGACAUGCACCCGGACAUGCACCCCGACAUGCACCCGGACAUGCCUAUGGGCCCUGGGAUGAAUCCUGGGCCUCCAAUGGGUCCCAGGCCCCCAAUGAUGCCAUAUGGCCCAGAUGAUUCUCCACACUCCGGAAUGAUGCCCCCUGGCCCACCUGCACAAAGCUUCUAUGAUAAUUUCUACCAACAGCAAGAGGGCCUGGAGAUGGACCCUGGCUUGAUGGGUGACCCAGAGGACUAUGGGAAUUACGAGGAUAUGGACGAGCCUCUGGGAGAGCAUCUUUUCCCUGACCAGUCCUUGGAACCCGACUCCUUGUGUGAAGGAGGGGCUCCAGGGUUACACAAACCAUCAGCCAACAUCCCUGACUUCCUGCCAUCAGCCCAGAGAGCCCUGUACCUGAGGAUCCAGCAAAAGCAGCAGGAAGAGGAGGAGAGGGCUCGGAGACUGGCCGAGAGCAGUAAGCAGGAGCGGGAGAAUGAGGAAGGUGAUCCUGGCAACUGGUAUUCCAGUGAUGAGGAUGACGGUGGAAGUAGCGUCACUUCCAUACUGAAAACGCUAAGGCAGCAAAGUUCAAGCAGGCCUCACGCCCAGGCAUCCCAUGGAGAAAUCAGUGGCGGUAUCGGCCCAUCCUCAGGUGUGAGUGACCCUCGCCUGCAGAAGGCCCAGCCAGCAGGGAACAGUCGGCCUGCGGAUCCACGUGUGCUGCGGGACCCCAGGCUGUCUCGAAAUGCCGAUACUUGUGGUCCAUCUAGCACUGGGGAGGCAGGGCCCACUGACCCGAGACUAGCACGACACAUUCCCACGCCUGCCCUGAAACCGGAUGCCCCUCAUUCCAGCUCUGCUGCCAGUCAGAAGGCUGCCUUGGUUCCUGAGGAGGAGGAAGGGGAAAGAGCACUAAGGGACAAACCGGUCAAUAUCCCCUUAGACGCACUGCCAGCCCACGCUCUGCGGGACCCCAGGUCUCAACUGCAGCAGUUCAGCCACAUAAAGAAAGACGUGAUCCUGAACAAGCCAAACUUUGCCCGAAUGGUCCUGUGGAGCCCCGAGGAUCUGAUUCCACUGCCUGUCCCAAAGCAAGAAUUUGUUCCUGUCCCAGCUGCUCUCCAGACAUUACCUGCCCUUGACCCACGACUCAACAGGCCCCAAAAUGCAGGCCUUUCUGACCCCAGGCAACGAGGGGCAGCAGCCCAAGCAGAGCCUGCCACCGGUUCUGGCACCAACAUCCCUGACUUCGAGCUGUUGUCAAGAAUAUUAAAGACUGUGAAUGCGUCUGGCAGUCCAGGGCCUGGGCAGAGCGAUAAACCGAGUGACCCUCGGAUGCGCAAAGCAUCAGCCGAUCCCAGGUUACAGAAACCUGCAGAGCCAGCAGCUGCCAGAGCUGCUAAACCUGUGGAGCCAGCUCAGCCAACAGCUGCUACCACGCCCAGCAGCGAGACAGCUCCCACCAUUGCUCCCUACGACCCCAGGCUGCUGACAGCUGGCGGACUAAGCAAAGGCAGUAGCCAAAGCAGUGUGCUCAGUGGGAUUAGCCUGUAUGACCCCAGGACUCCCAGUUCAGGUGGCAAAGCCGCAGAGUCUCCCAGCGAAGGGACUGCAUCGUUGAAAGGCCCAGAGGCCAGCAAGACCGCUAACAAGGCCAAGGAGCCUCUGUUUGUGCGCAGGUCUGCGCUGGAUCAGCCCGAGGCCGAGAAGGCAAGCGCUGAGCUUGCAACAGACAGAUACAAUAGUUAUAACAGGCCGCGUUCCAAGGCCUCCUCCACCGCCCCCGCCACCUCCUCCACACCUGCCCAGGAGACUGCACCUCAGCCAGGGGUUCAUAACCUCCCUGUGCCCUCCGUCUAUGGCAUGGUUAAGCAGACCACAAAGCCUGGGUCAGGCAGCCCCUUUGCAGGGAACAGUCCUGCCCAGGACAGUGAGCAGCAGGAUGCUGGGUCUCUGAAAGAUGUUUUUAAGGGCUUUGAUCCCACAGCUUCACCGUUCUGCCAGUAGUAUUACAGGACUGACCUUGCGUCCAGGUAUUGAAGAACAGCGCGCAGUGUUGGUAACUUUUUUUGUAUUCCAUUAGUGCUCACUUUAGCCAUAUAACAUGUAUAUAAAUCAUUUGGGUUCUGGUCCGUGCUGUAACAUAUAGUCUCAAAGAUUCAUUUUAAAUGACUAAUCAAAGUAUCCUUGUGCAGUAAUAGCCAGCAUUUUGUUUGACUAUCCCCAUAGUUUGUUCUAGAGCUUUCUUUCAAAACACAAUUGCAAUCAUUCUCGGAAAAUAAUUAAUUGUCUGAAAUCUCCCUGGGAAGCUGUGGCUGAUCUGUCACGCCACCCUUUUGUCCUCUCUCUUUGCAGUAGCCGAUCAUCUCCCCGGUACUACAUUCAGGACAAGGAUGGCAGAGAAAUGUGGUUCAUACGUGUUGUUUAGCAGAUUAAAGCUGUGAGCCAUGCGGAUUAGUAGAAUGUGUUCACUUCUAAAAUGUAACUAACUGAAGUAUUUGUAUCAUAGUCUUUUUUAAAAUUCUAGUACAGUGAACAGAAUUACCAUGGAAACAUAACCAUGUGGGAUUAUUUUUGUAAUUGUGGGGGUUUUGUUUGCUUUUGUUUUAAGUAAAUAUUUUAUGCCAUUUCCUGGAGGUUGUUUGAUUGUAAGACCCAGCUGGGUUGUAACAGGACUCGCAUUCUCGAGACCUUCCGUGGAUGGCCAUGGAAUAUUUGCAUCCCAAAAAGUUGUGCAGUCUACCAAAAAAAAAAAAGGUUGUAUUAUUGAAAUUAAAUUAUUAAUCUCAAUCAGAUUUCACUUGUAUGUAUUUUGCAUAUGGAGGGUUUUUCCAUAAACACAAAUCUGUGCUCUAAGAUUUUCAGUAGAUGAUCCCCACCCUACCCCACCAGGGGUAAAACCCAUCUCCAUCCAGAUGGGACGGGUGAACUCUGCAUGCUGUGCAUUUAGGAGGCAGAGUUUUGUCCUAUAGUGCCACACUACAAAGAGAGGCUGCUCUCUAGGAAAGAUAGGAAAGCGAUGUUAGGUGCUGAAUACUUUUUCUGAGUCAUUGUGUGUUUAGAAGCAAUGUGGAGAUGGAAGUGUUGAGUACAAUGAACUGUGCUUUCAGUGUGUGCAGGGAAAAGCAGCUACCGGGGCAGGGACGUGAGUGAUAGAUAAUCAAGAUUUUCAAAAGAUGAAUGGGAUACAGUAGAGUCUGUGGUUAUGAAAAUGGUUGUUGAGGGAAGGAAGAUCUGGGGUGACUCCUUUCUGUGGCUCAGUGUUCUUGCUACAACCUGUUUCAGUGGGUAACGGGGGUAACAGGUUUAUAAACUUUUCCAACAGAUGAGACAAGUCUGUAGUUUACAGUUCCCUGAUCAACCCUCAGCCCCGCACUUGUCUCGAAUGUGCCAGAUCUUUGUACUAAUACUUUUUUUUUUCCUCCUUCCCAUGCUCGCCUUGGUAGCCUCUGGUUACUCGAUGUCAAGGUGUGUCCUAUCCCCUUCUGCUUGGUAUUUCGAUAGUGGUAUCGCUGUGGAGCUAACUGGAUUCCGCCGUUUGUCACGUGAAUACUGGUAGUACCUCACACUCACAAGUAUUUGGCUGGCAAAGCCUGUAGCAAACAUGCUCACAAGUAUUGGAAGAUGAAGACAUUUUAUGCAAAGUGUCUUUAAAGCAUAAACUGCACCAAGGAAAAGCUAAAAUGCCUGCACCCUUUUAGCCAUAUGUUGAGACAUGGAUCUGUACAAUGUACAUGACCAAAAUGCAGUAUCAAUUCCUGUGAAAUAAUGGAAACAAAGUUAAAUAUUUUAAACACAGUUUUAUAAACAUGGCUGAGCCAGAUGUGUUCUUCUUUACACUUUCAGCCAGGUCAGUGUCUGUGGUACUAUCAGGAAAAUGUCUAUGGAGUGUGAACUGAGUAUAGCGCUUUCUUCUGACUGAGGCACAAGCCAGAACUUUUGUCAGAGACCCCAAAUAUUUGGUGAUGGUGAGUGUUUUAAAGGCACAGUGUGCGCGUCGUAACUCUCCUUCCCCAGAGCCUCGCACCAGGGAGUGCUACACCAGCUUAGAGGGGGAUCUGGUGCCAGGGUAUCCCAGCUGACCCACCUUCACCAGAAGAGAGGUUCCUGUUUUAUUGCAAAAUAUAUCCCCAGGGGCUGUACCUCUCUGCCUUGAGAAUUCAUCCAUUGCAUCAUGUCACAGUGGCUCGUCAUUGGGCUGGUGUUUGUUUGCAUGAGGAGCAGUGUGAGAGGAAAAACAUUUCUCAGUACGCUGGCUGCCGUCAUCAAAUCUGGUUUAGGAUGAAUUGUCCCAACAGUGGGACAGCUGCUUAAAAACCCAUUCAGUUUUGCUGUAAGCGUUAUAAUUUGUUUUGAAAAAGUUCUACAGCUAAUGGUGCAUGUGAGAUUAGUAUUAAUAAUGCCAAAAUAACUCUCUUCAAUUACAAAAACCCAGUCUGGACUCUGAAGUUUUGUUAUGUUUGUUUGGUGUUAAUUACUUGUCGUCUUCCCUUUGGAUGCUAUUUGUUUUACUUCUUCCUGCACCCCGCUUUAAUUUGAGGCAAAAGGUUAUAUCAAACUUACUCGAAACGAUGUCUCUCAACCCAGCUGGAGUCCAGAAAACUCAGAUGCCAAUGGAUUGUGCUGAUCUCUUCGAUAAGUGGAUGUCCAAUGGAGAUCGAAUCUAUUCGAAUUUCUGCUUGCAUCUCUCCCUGAAAUUGUGUGCUAGUUUUCAGUGAAUUAGUCUGGCCUGUGUGUGUGUACUAGUUGGCGCACUGCUGAAGUGGUUCACCUCAUGCCUUCUCUUGGUGUAGCCUCAGCUCUCGACCUGCAGUGAAGUGGGACAUACGAACUCCUGGCUUUGGAGUUUGGCUGGUAUCACUAACAAAAAAGAGAGAAGUGAAAUAAAUCAUUUGUGUCGUGUUCCGCCAUGUGAGAUUGCUUUUAGGGAGAAGGAUGUAAAAUCAGUGGCAUUUGUACCAUAACCCUAAAGAUUUGUAACAGAAAUAAAAAAAACAGAUUGAACUCUGUCCAGAAUAUGAAAAGUGAUGAUGCUCUACUUUGGAAUAGAUUCACCAUAACAUAAAACAUCACCAGUCUUUAAUCCAUUAAUAUUUUUCCAUCUGCCAGAGCUUUAAGAGAAAAAUAAUAAUGCUCUAACUGAGAUUGUAAUAAACUGUAAAUACUAUUUCAGAAUUGAAGUUGUUGAUGCAAAUAUGUAUAUACUGUAUUGGUAUUUUUACAAUGACUGUUUCAUUGCAUGGCUUUGUGGUUUUUUCCUUUUUUUAUUGCACAUUUGUCUUCCAGAAAUGUCAUCUAUAUUUCUCCUGUGAGCUCUUUAAUCCUCUAUCAUUGUAUUACUGCCAUUAAAGGAUGCAGUUAUUUUAAA